AUGGUGGUAGUCACGGGGCGGGAGCCAGACAGCCGUCGCCCGGACGGUGCCAUGUCCAGCUCCGACGCCGAAGACGACUUUCUGGAGCCGGCCACCCCGACGGCCACGCAGGCGGGGCACGCACUGCCUCUGCUGCCGCAGGAGUUCCCUGAGGUCGUCCCCCUUAACAUCGGAGGGGCUCACUUCACCACACGCCUGUCCACCCUGCGGCGCUACGAGGACACCAUGCUGGCGGCCAUGUUCAGCGGGCGACACUACAUCCCCACCGACGCCGAGGGCCGCUACUUCAUCGACCGCGACGGCGCGCACUUCGGCGAUGUGCUGAACUUCCUGCGCUCAGGGGACCUGCCACCCCGGGAGCGUGUGCGGGCUGUGUACAAGGAGGCCCAGUACUAUGCCAUCGGGCCCCUCCUGGAGCAGCUGGAGAACAUGCAGCCACUGAAGGGGGAGAAGGUGCGCCAGGCAUUCCUGGGGCUCAUGCCCUACUACAAAGACCACUUGGAGCGGAUUGUGGAGAUUGCCCGGCUGCGCGCUGUGCAGCGGAAGGCCCGCUUUGCCAAGCUCAAGGUCUGUGUCUUCAAGGAGGAGAUGCCCAUCACCCCCUAUGAGUGCCCACUGCUCAACUCUCUGCGCUUUGAGCGGAGCGAGAGUGAUGGGCAGCUCUUUGAGCACCACUGUGAAGUGGACGUGUCUUUCGGGCCCUGGGAGGCCGUGGCUGACGUUUACGACCUGCUGCACUGCCUGGUCACGGACCUGUCGGCCCAGGGCCUCACCGUGGACCACCAGUGCAUCGGGGUGUGUGACAAGCACCUCAUCAACCACUACUACUGCAAGCGCCCCAUCUAUGAGUUCAAGAUCACGUGGUGGCGGGUUCUUUACCACUGAGCCACCUGUGCAGCAGAGGCCAGCCAAAACCCAGAGCUUCCCAGAGUGGACACGAAAAGGGACAGUAUUCUCUUACAACAGCUGAUGGGCAUGCCAGGGGAGGAAGCUGAACACCUGCUCACCUCUUUGCCAUCCAUGUGCCUUCACGUCCCACCCAUUCAAAAUGGAAAAUAACAGAGACUUCUUGGACCUUACAUCUGACAUAUCAACCUAUAAGGUCUCCGUUCCUGGACUGCAUUUGGAGUCAUUUGUAUCAGUCAGGAGAAAAAAAGCUACAC